AUGUCAUCCAACCACACCAAUUUCGAUGCGGCAGCUACCGACCGCAAAGCCCGCCUUGCCAAACUGGCCGCCUUGAAGCGGAAGCAGCCCGAACCAGACACAAAUGAAGACGGCGAUGGAGACCAGGAGCUGCCUGAUGCCGAAGCGACCCCGGAUGUGACUUCAAAAUACCUUUCCGGUCGCAACUAUGACGCUGAAGCUCGUGGACCUAAGUUGGGCUUUGAGCAAGGUCCGCAAGAGGGUCAAGUGACACUGGAAGAGCAAGCAGCGGAGAUUGCAAAGGCCACAGCAGAAGAGGUCAUGAAUUAUUCAGAAGACGAGGACGAGCCCAUUGACAUACUCAAACUGCAACCCAAAAAACCGAACUGGGACUUGAAGCGAGAUUUGGCAGAGAAGCUCAAGGUCCUUGAUGUACGAACGGACAAUGCCAUCGCUCGUAUUGUUCGAAAGAGAGUGGAAGACGAUAAGCGCGCUGCGAAAGAGCGUGGGGUCGCUACCAAAGGAGACGAGCAGGGGGAGGAAGUCGGCCUCGAAGGCGAGACUCUUGUUCAGAGUAUUCACAUGCGGGAGCACGAAGAAAAGAGCGACGAAGAAACGAUCUGA